UAGUGACUAGCUUUCGACCAAUCAGUGGUGGAUAUCCCUCGCUUAAAGAUACAUGUGUUGUCCGUGCCGGUCUAAAUAUCCCUUAAUGUCCUUUUUUAAAUCGAUUUUGUAUCAAGAUAGUGCAUAAUACAUGUGUUUUUAGGCUACAUUAUUGUGUUUUUAUCUUCAUCCUUCUAGAAGUAUUAUUGAAGCCGCGACAAGAUGGCGGACAAGAAAGAAAUCAAUUUGGACUCGGUGCUGGAAAGCCUGGGCCCGUAUGGACGUUACAACGUAUUGAAUUUCGUCCUUUUACUAUUUCCCGUGCUUUUGAGCAGUUUCUACGAGUGCGGUUUCAUUUUUGAAGCGCAGCAACAAACUUAUCGGUGUAAAGUCGAGGGCUGUGAAAAGACCUACAACGAUACAUCAUGGCUGCACUAUGCUAUACCCACCGACCCUGAGAGGGACGCCCCAGCCAGCUGCUUGAGAUAUGCCCCUAAGAAUAAUAGCACAGUGGAACAAUGCCUUCCCGAAGAGUUCUCCAAUAUUACCAUACCUUGUGACAGUUACGUUUAUGAAAUUAAUGGAUCUUUGGUUAAGGAGUUCGAUCUAGGUUGCCAAGAAUGGAAGCGAGCGCUUGUCGGCACCGUCCACAACAGCGGCAUGUUCGUGGCCAUGUUGUUUACUGGCAUUUUGUCGGACAAGUAUGGACGAAAGACCGCAGUUGGUCUGGCGGCUACCGCCAGCUGCACUUUUGGCAUUAUACGCGCUUUCGCGCCUAAUUAUAAUACGUAUCUGUCCAUGCAUUUCUUCGAGGCCGCGCUGGGAGGGGGACUGUACCCUUCGGCUUAUGUUCUGGCGGUCGAGCUGGUGGGCCUUAAACAGCGAGUGAUAAUUUCCGCUAUGUGUAAUAUGGCCUUCGUAGUAGGGGUCGUGAUACUCGAUCUCCUGGCUUGGGUAAUCAGCAACUGGAGGACCUACAUCCUCAUAUUAUAUAGCCCCGCUAUCAUAGUGGGCUUAUAUGUAUGGCUAAUGAACGAAAGCGCCCGCUGGUUACUAAGCAAAGGCAGAAAAGAAGACGCCAUCAAAACCCUGAAACGCGCCGCCAAAAUCAACAACAUGGAUCCAACGAAACUCGACCUCGACGCGCUGAGCGAUCCCCUACUUCGAACGGAAGUGCAGACGGACAAGAAAUCACAGUUCUCGAAGGCGAUACGCUCGAGUAUUAUAUGGAAGCGUUUGGUGAUUUGCUCUUUCUUGUGGCUUACUUGCUCGCUGGUUUACUACGGGUUGUCGAUCAAUUCUGUUUCGUUGAGCGGCAACAAGUAUGUCAGUUUCAUGCUGGUGGUUCUUGUAGAGAUACCAGCGUAUAUUGUUGUGGUGAUAGUGCUUGAUAAGUAUGGGAGGAAGAAGACAAUGAUAGUGAACUAUGCAACCUGUGCUGUCACCAGCUUGCUGUUCGCGUUCUUGCCUAAAGGUAACUGGUGGUCCAUUGUCUUGUAUCUAAUAGGCAAAUGGAGCGUCACGCUAACAUACAGCUCAGUGUACAUCUACGUGUCUGAAGUGUUCCCCACGAACAUGCGACAGAUGCUGUUGAGUGUUUGCUCCACUUCGGGCAGGAUUGGUUCGCUUAUUGCACCUCUAACUCCACUACUGUCGCUAUACCACAAAUCCAUGCCGACUGUUAUAUUCGGUGGCAUGUGCAUCAUUUGCAGCAUGCUGGUACUCCUUCUACCGGAGACGCGUAACAUGCGGCUGCCAGAUACGAUAGAAGAAGCAGAGGAACUCUCGAAAAUGAGGGACAGAACUGACCGAUCGCUGGAUACUGUGAAAUAGGAACUGAUCAAUCUCUUGAUGCUAGAUAAUUUUAUUUGUAUAAUUGAGUGUGGACCAAAA